AAAGAGCCCGGCAACAUGUCUUUCGUCAAAGACACAGUGGACAAACUUUUAAAGGGAUACGACAUUCGUCUCAGGCCAGACUUUGGAGGUGCCCCUGUUGCUGUUGGCAUGAGCAUAGAUGUGGCUAGCAUAGACAUGGUCUCCGAGGUGAAUAUGGACUACACGCUGACCAUGUACUUCCAGCAGUACUGGCAGGACAAGCGACUGGCCUACUUGGGCAUCCCGCUCAACCUCACCCUGGACAACCGGGUGGCCGACCAGCUGUGGGUGCCCGACACCUACUUCCUCAACGACAAGAAGUCCUUCGUGCACGGCGUGACUGUCAAGAACCGCAUGAUCCGGCUGCACCCGGACGGUACCGUCCUCUAUGGGCUCCGAAUCACCACGACGGCCGCUUGCAUGAUGGACCUGAGGCGAUACCCGUUGGACGAACAGAACUGCACGUUGGAGAUUGAGAGUUACGGCUACACGACGGACGAUAUCGAGUUCUACUGGAAAGGAGGCGACACGGCCGUGACGGGGGUGACGCGCAUCGAGCUUCCGCAGUUCUCUAUAGUGGACUACAAGCUGGUCUCCAGGAACGUGGUCUUUUCCACAGGUGCCUACCCUCGACUGUCUCUGAGCUUCAAGCUGAAGAGGAACAUCGGCUACUUCAUCCUGCAGACUUACAUGCCAUCCACCCUGAUCACCAUCCUGUCCUGGGUCUCCUUCUGGAUCAACUACGACGCCUCGGCCGCUAGAGUCGCUUUAGGCAUCACCACCGUGCUGACCAUGACCACCAUCAACACGCAUCUGAGGGAGACGCUACCCAAGAUCCCCUACGUGAAGGCCAUCGACGUGUACCUGAUGGGCUGCUUUGUCUUCGUCUUCUUGGCCUUGCUGGAGUACGCCUUUGUCAACUACAUCUUCUUUGGGCGGGGACCUCGCAUGCAGAAGAAGCUGGCCGAGAAGGUGCAGAAGGCCAACAACGACCGCGCUGCUUUCGAGCGCGCCAAGGCUGACUGUCAGGGCAACAUCCUGCUGACCACGCUGGAGAUCCACAACGAGGUGGGCCACACCACUGUCACCACCAGUAGCACCCGCAGCAGCACCGGGAGCAGCCUGUACGACGCCACGGCAAACUCCACCCCCGUCUCCCUGGACAACUCCUCGGGCGUCCAGUACAGGCGUGGCGGCAGCGGGGGCUCCGCGCGACCCGCCGGCUCGGACGUCAGGAGGAGCCGCCUGAGGAGACGGUCGUCGCAGCUGAAGAUCAAAAUCCCCGACCUCACGGACGUCAACGCCAUCGAUCGUUGGUCGCGCUUCAUCUUCCCCUUCUCGUUUUCCUUCUUUAACGUCGUCUACUGGCUCUAUUACGUCAAUUAAUGUGUACCUGCGC